AUGCCACAACCAGUAUUUGACGACUUCUCGGUGGCUUCUCGGCAGGAGCCACUCACAUUCGAUCCUUUGACAUCCAUCAGCUCCGGCCGCUGGAUCCUCGACGCCCACGGCGCCCGCGUCAAGCUCCGCUGCAUCAACUGGGCCGGCCACAUGGAAGCCAACAUCCCCGAGGGCCUGCACAAGCAGCCCAUCCCCUACCUCGCCGACUGGAUCGCCUCCGCCGGCUUCAACUGCGUGCGCCUCACCUACUCCACCGACAUGGCCCUCGCCCCGAAUCUCCGCGUCCGGGACUCCUUCCGCGCCGCCGCCGCCGAGACCAAGGUCCCCGAAAACGCCAUGCUCGCCCUCUACGACGCCGCCGUCGCCGCGAACCCUUUCUCGCCUCCGCCACCGUCGCCGACCAAGGCGAGCUGGUGCUGCAACCUCGACGACGGUAACGGCUGGUGGUCCGACGCCCCCAUCUACCUGGCCGCCAAUAGCCGCUACUUCGACUCCGCCAAGUGGAUGGACGGCCUCAAGGCCAUGGCCGCGUGGUCGAGGAACCGGCCCGGCGUCGUCGGCAUGUCCCUCCGCAACGAGCUCCGCGCCACGUGGACCCAGAUCCUCUUCGCCAGCGGCACCUGGUACUCCAAGAUGACGGCCGCCGCCCGUCUCGUUCAUGAGACGAACCCGGACCUGCUCGUCACCCACGACUACUCCUUUACCGUCACCACCCCCGAGACCGGCAACUGCGAUAUUACCAAGACCAACUACGGUCUCUUUUUCGGCUUCGUGCUCGAGCAGGGCAAGUCUUACACCGGGCCCCUUUGGCUGUCUGAGUUUGGCGUCAACAUGCAAGGCGGGCCCAACUCCGGCCUCAGCGACGCCGAUUUCACCUACCUCACCUGCCUCGUCAGCUACAUGGAGUCCAACGACGCCGAUUGGUCUCUCUGGGCUAUACAAGGCUCUUACUACGUUAGAGAUGGCGUGCUCGAUCAAGAGGAGACAUGGGGCGCCUUGGACAGGGACUGGAAGGACUGGAGGAACAAAAACUUCAAGGGCUUGCUUGGCAAGAUGUGGACGAUGACGCAGAGGCCGUGA